AUGAAACUCUUGUGCUUGGUCUGGAUUGUAGGAGUGAUCUUCACUUUUGUAUCGGAGACAGCUUCGAUGCUCAUCAUUGGGAAGGCGAUCAAGGGAGUAGCUAUUGGGGUCGCUUUUGCCACGGUGCCCACAUAUUUGUUUGAAAUAAUCCCCUAUAAGAGAAGAGCAAGAAUGUUGACUCUUUUCACGUUUUUCUGGGCUUUGGGGACUUUGUUCAUGUUUCUACUACCGAUAGCCUGCUCGGGGCACCUUCACGGAAGACGAUAUCUCAACUUCCAUUGCUUGGUGGACCUCGUGCCCUUAUCCUUCUCCACUAUUGCCGUGCUCUUUGUACCAGAGAGCCCCAAGUGGCUAGCGGGGAACAACAAGUGGACAAACGCGGCCGAUGUGUUGGAAAGCAUCGAGCUGAAGAACUCGGGGAACUUGGAGAAAACGAAAACCCAUAGCGAGAGAGUCAAGCUCGGCGACAAGCACUUUGUAGUGAAGAAGUACUCAACCACAAUGGACAUCAAGAGUUGCAACUUGAAUGCGCUUUUUGGAAGAAAGUACAUUAAAGAAAUCUCCUUGGGGAUCCUAUUGCAGCUCUUUGUGGACUGCAUGGGUGUCAAGGUAUUGGUAGAGUCAUUGGGCUACAUUUGCAGUGCGUGCCAGGUCCUGUCAAUCGAUGAGCUUCGAAUGGUGCAAAUGUUUGAUUUGCUAGUGCGAUGCCUUUUCGCAAUCGUUCCCCUCUUGAUUCUUGAUAACAUGAGGAGAAAAGACGUUUUUAUGUUUGGCGUAGCCAUGAUUGCACUAUGCAUGUGCAUCUACACCAUCAUGUUUCUUGGAUUCUCCCUCAAGAGACCCGCGCGGUCGUUGCUUUAUUUCAACUCGGACUGGGUGCUGAAAGUUGAAUUUUAUGAUGAAAAAGCAUCCUUGGUUUUGGCUCUUACUAUUGUUAUGGAUGUGUUGUACAACGCCCUCAUUGUCCCUAGCAGCUGGCUCAUCAUUUUGGAAAACUUUUCAACGUCGUCACGAGUACGGGGUUGGAUCGUCGUUAGCAGUUCUCAUUGGUUAUUUGCAUGCUCAAUCUCCCUCGCCUACCCUUUCUUGUUGUUGCACUUGAAUGGAUGGGUCCUCUUUGUUUCAACAAUAUUUUGCACUGUCGGGUUGAUCUUGAGCCUUCAAAUACCAGAGACGAAAGAGACUGCAGCUCCUAUGGUUGAAGUUGGUCGACGCCAGUUGUGUAGCGACGGCGGCAAGACGUGGGAAACUGUACCAGAUUCCAGACCGUCGCGCGCAAAGAAUCGACUUGGUGCGCUUCCAUAA